AUGAUUGAAUAUUUCAAUAACUGCACUCUACAGAAAGAAUUUCACCUCCUGGCAUUUUCAGGCUCCGCAAAAGUACAAUUAAUGCUCUUCACUGGUAUUUUGUUCACGUUCCUUCUUGCUGUGUUUGGAAACCUCCUUAUUACCACACUUAUAUGUCUGGCAGCUCAACUCCACACUCCCAUGUAUUUCUUCUUGUGUAACCUUGCUAUUCAAGACAUCAUUUAUGUCUCGGCCAUAUUACCUAAGUUUUUAAUAAUUACAAUAACAGGUGACACCAGAAUUUCUUUCCAGGCCUGUAUUGCUCAGAUGUUCCUAUUUACAUUUUGUGUUGGGACAGAAUUUUUCCUGUUGACAUCAAUGGCUUAUGACCGAUAUGUGGCCAUUUGUGUCCCUCUGCGCUAUGCCCUCAUCAUGAACAAAAGCUUGUGCAUAAUAUUGGCUGUUGUUUGCUGGUUGAUGAGUAUUUUGAAUUCUCUGACGUAUUCUGUCCUGAUUUCUAAUCUAUCAUAUUGUAUCUCCUUAGACAUGGAUCAGUUUUACUGUGAUCUGAAGACAGUGUUGAAUCUGUCUAGUAGUGACACAACAGACAUUCAGAUUGCAGUGUUGGUGGUUUGUGUAGUUUUAGGGUUUUUUCCUUUCAUGCUGAUAUUGACAUCCUACUUAUGCAUCAUACAUACCAUUUUAAAGAUGAAUACCUCAACCGGACGAGCAAAGGCCUUCUCCAGCUGCUCUUCCCAUCUUACUGUUGUGUUUCUCUUCUACGGAACUUCGCUGAGUUUCUAUUUGAAGCCAGCUUCAGAACAUUCUCAAAAACAAGAUAUGCUGUUAUCUUUGUUAUAUACUGCAGUUGUCCCCUUGUUAAAUCCUCUUGUAUACAGUUUAAGAAACAAAGAUGUUUUGCGAUCCAUGUCGAUCAUAACUGAUAAAUACUUCUGUAAACAACCAAUAAUUUUACUACAGAGGGUAGUAAGAGAAUAG